GGUAUCACCGUACAAUUGUAAACAGUUUUGCAGACAAGGCACAUUUUAAUAUUUUUUAUUCAAUAACCUAAAAUGACAAGCUUCAUAACUUUAAUAACUGAUGCAAAAUGCAGACAACUUCACCGGGUGAUAAAAUCAGGUGGAGAAAAAUAUCUUUGCUUUACCAGGGUGACGUCUGCUUGGAUCGUGUGUGUGACUGAUGGGGUGUCACUGUGGAAAGUUGAUUUAGAUGAAGAAGAGACGGAUGCUCUGAGAGAUUUGGCUGGUAUCAAUGCCAUGGAAGCAUUCCUUACGCGCUUCAGGAAUGGAUUUCACAGUGGAGAUAUUAAUGUAGCUAUGGUUGGAAAUAAAGUAACUCUUACUGUUGGCAAAGGCUCCACAUCAGUCAAUGUAGAUUUAUAUGAAGCAAAGGCUGCUGAGAAAAAAUCAGAGAUGCAAAAUGUUUUAUUCAGACUUGCUGAAACAUCAACAAAGUUAGAUGCUGAUUUAGACAAAGCUAACCAGACCAUUGAUACAUUAAAGGCACAAAAGGGAACAGGCGCAGCUCAGGCAUUCAUGGAUCUUGGACCCAAGAAAGGACUUAAUCAGGCAAAAGCUAAACCCAGCAAAGCUGGAAUGAGUGUACUUAACCCAACCAGCAAGAAACGUAAAGCAGCACAUGGUGUUGUGUUUGACUAAUCAUGUAAUUACACAAUUAUACAAUGUUUAGUUAGUACUAAUGUUAAAUCAAUUAAGUAGCUUCUUUGAUUUUAGAAAUAGAUUUAGUUUAUAUCUAAAUCUUUUCUGUACGUACUAAUUGCAUAUUAAUUGCCUUGGAAAACAGGCUAAUAUAGACAGAACAGCUUAGUGUCUAGAUACAAAACAAAAGUGUUGACCAUAGUUUGAAGUUAUUGCCUCAAAUUUGUCGAUUUGUUUUUGUUAAGAAUUAUUAAUGAAACAAGGUUCAUAUUAUAUUUUUUAAUGCAUCAAUUAGAGGAGACCGUUACAGUGCACAAGUAUCUUUGUAUAUACUACAUUGCAAACAAUGUUGCAUAAAAUAAAAACGUUUCAUCCAUAGUUAUUAUUUCGUCAUGUUAAGUUACUGAUAAUCAGCCUAAGAUAAAACUUCCAAUCCUUGUACAUUAUUUAUUUAAACUACUAUACUUUAUGAAAAAUGUUGGAAAACUAAUCUGUUAAAAAACAACAAGAAUAAAUAAUCAAUCUCUCUUAAAGUGUAUAAAGCUAUAUAUAUGAUGCAAAAAUUAUUGUUUAGAUUUUAGAAUAUAAUUUAGAAUACUUCCAAAAUGUUUGUAUGAAAUAAAAAUGGCAAUAAAUAGCAAAAUAUUUUGUUCCGGAA